CCCUUGCAGUUAUCAAGCAUAUAAAAUCCCAAACUUCCCAUUCCUUCGCAGGGAGCUUUCUCGUCUGCUGCAGGAGCCGGAUCGCGACUGAGUUCGGAGGAUCUCUCUGAGGGUUUGUUUGGGCGAAAUGGCGUCGAAACGGAUCUUGAAGGAGCUGAAGGAUCUCCAGAAAGAUCCUCCAACCUCGUGCAGCGCAGGUCCCGUUGCUGAAGACAUGUUUCACUGGCAAGCUACCAUUAUGGGUCCUACUGACAGUCCAUAUGCAGGCGGAGUGUUUCUCGUCACUAUCCAUUUCCCUCCGGACUACCCUUUCAAACCUCCAAAGGUUGCAUUCAGGACGAAGGUCUUCCAUCCAAACAUCAACAGCAAUGGAAGCAUUUGCCUCGACAUCUUGAAAGAGCAGUGGAGCCCUGCGCUCACCAUAUCCAAGGUCCUGCUAUCAAUCUGUUCCCUGCUAACGGACCCAAACCCGGAUGACCCAUUGGUGCCGGAGAUAGCACACAUGUACAAAACCGAUAGAGCCAAGUACGAGGCGACCGGGAGAAGCUGGACCCAGAAGUAUGCCAUGGGCUAACCUUUGCUUCAGCUCCUCGUAUCACUCGGUUCUUACUGAGAGAUGGCUUCUUCAUCUAUCUAUCUUUUUCUUACAAAAAAAAAAAAGACCAUCAUCAACGAAAACAGAUGGGAUUUGAAUUUAAGGUCUGUCUUUCUAUCAAAUGUCUGCGGGCAUGAACUUACCACUUAUCUGUCUGAAACUGUUAAGAUGAAAGCUGAUGCCUUUUGCGUUGA